UACCUACAACUGAUUCAUAAAUAAGGUUCUGUAUCCCGAUUUCGGUGAUUUGUGGCUGAAGUAAUGAUUACCUUCUGUCUUGGUCUUGCAAGCCGUCACAUGGUUGCCUAUAUCAUAAUGCCGCUGGACAGGUCAGGUCAAGUAAUAUAGCUCACAAUACUAGUAAAUAUGUAUCUGGCACGGUACCCAACAAUAUGCGAGGUCACCGAGAAACUGUCACUACUAUAAGUAGAGCACACUGUAGGACUAAGGGGUUACAAUGUCUACAAUAUGCAGAGCACAAUAAGCUGUCCGUACAGUCUGGAAUCCUGGAAGGAAGAGAGUUGGGGUCAAGGAAUACUCACUCAGGCAGCACGGGGUCUCUGGCGUCUUACUUACGGUGGAAGCCCGGAUGACGUAAUGUAAACAGACCCUCGACACUACAUGGCCAAGCAUGUGGCCAAAGCCGCAGAUAAUGACGCAUGUUGUCAGCGGUGAUGACAAAAAGGAAGGUGCUUCAACGCCAAGGAUAGCAGUUCUAAUAGUACUUAGCAACCUGACACUGGUCGACCAGAGUCGUGAAAUCCUCAACGAGUAUCAGGGACUGUCGGUCACCAUAUUACAACAAAACCCGGACUGAGCUACUCAAACUUCAGGAUCUGCUGCUGAGUGGGGAGCCACCAGACGGAGAGGAAAGUGGAGGACGAGAGGUGGCCACAUCGUCUUCUCCGGAGGAACAGAUAAUAAUCAUGAAAAGUCAGCUCAUCCAGGCGGCAGAGGUUUGUAAAGACCUCAGGGAGGAGCUCUCCAUGACCAAGGAUGAGUGUAUGCAGCUUCAGGGCACAAAGACGGAAAUGAAGCAAGCGUUGCGAGACAAAGACAAACUGAUUGUAGAUUUAAAGAAGGACAUGGCGAGAAGGGACAAACACAUUGACCAUUUACAGAAUGAAGUCCAGUUACAGAUUCAGGAAAUAGAGACUGCCACACGUUCACUGAAGAUGCAGAUAUCUGACCUCCAUGACCGCCUCAAGGUCAAAAGUCGGUAUUUCCAUCUAUGA